CGCUGAUCGGCCGGGGUUGGCCAAUCAGAGGCGGCAGGUGAGAUUUGAAAGCGAGUGGAGGCGGCAGCGCUGAGGGAAGCAGGGAGUUGCGGCCGGCGGGUUCACAAGGAUAAUCAAGAUGGCUGCGACCUCCCAAUUUGCCAGUCGGUACAAGAAGGAUUUGAGUUCAGAAACCAUCCGAACCAAAGUUGCUCGCAGAAAAUCCAUGCUCCAAAAGGAGAACAGGCACAAGUUGUUUGAGAAGGGCAGACAGUUUGGGCUGACAGAUGUCAACGUUCAGGUGUCAAAAGCGAGGGGAGUUUCUCAAGUAAGUGGGGCAAGUGAAACGUGCUCGCAAGAAAACAGCAAUUUGAUACAGAAACAACCUACAGAUGCAGCCACCAAGAGGAUGAAUGAACGCAGGGAAAUGCUUCAACGCUAUAAAGAAGAGAAGGAACUCCGAAAAUUAAAAGAGCAAAGAGAAAAAGCAAAAAAGGGCGUGUUUAAAGUUGGGUUAUAUAAACCUACUGCGUGUGGAUUUCUUUCUCUUGCACCUGAAGUUCCCACAACAGUAAAGCCAAAAGAAAAGGCAGCUCCUGCUUUCUCUGAGAGGAUUACUCGAUCAAAGGCCAAGAACCAAACAGAAAAGGCUGCGAUAUUGACUGCAUCUAAGCCCUCUACGGUCUGUGCCAACGGGCUUAGCGUGCGCCCCACGCAAGCAGGACAUAAACAGAUGAGUAAGGACAAAGUGGCUGAAAAGGGGAAAGUGUUGCAGACUUCAGUCCAGACAGCCUCAAAUGUAAGAAUCACCAGAGCAGCUGCUUCUGCAGCUAGGCAGAUGCCGAAAACAACUGCUGCUACUACUGGUAACCUGUCACAGAGAAAGCCAGCAAAUGCAGCAAAGCAGAAGAAAGCAGUCAAAGCUGAUGUCAUAGAGGUAGUUCCUCUUAAACAUGAAGCGAAUGAAAGUGCUCCACUGGACCCAGUGAUACGUUCAACAUCAGAACUUAAACAGGAACAGACAUCUGUGGAAAAGAACAGUUCUGCUCCAGGAAGACCCAGAACACGCUCCUUUGCACCCCAUAAUUUUGUGUUUCAGCCCUUAGAAGGACUGACAACCUACAAAGUUACACCCAUGACUCCUUCCAGGGCAAAUGCGUUUUUGUCACCUGAUGUCUUCUGGGAUUUUUCCAAAUCUCCAGUUAAUAAAGUUGAAAAAUCCAGUGAAACUAAGGAGCCUAAUUUAAAAAGUCUGAUUUCACCUUCUGAUCAAGGCAUUCAGGAACUGCAAAUGUCUACAAGUUUGAAGGGAGAAGCAAGCGAAUCAGAUAAGGAGACUUCCAUUCAGAGAUCCAAUGAAACAAUUCCUGUGUCUACAGAGAUGACGGUGACUGAAACAAAGUCAGAUAAUGUAAGAGAGCAAGAGCACGAUGUGCCCUAUUUCAGAAACAUUCUUCAGUCUGAGACAGACAGGCUGAUGUCUCAAUGCCUCCAGUGGGAUGGAAAAUUUGAGCUGGACAUUCCAGAGGAUGCUAAAGAUCUCAUUCGCACAACAAUUGGUCAGACAAGACUGCUCAUAGCAGAAAGGUUUAAACAGUUUGAGGGACUGGUGGAUAACUGUGAAUUUAAACGGGGUGAAAAGGAAACCACAUGUACAGACUUAGAUGGAUUUUGGGAUAUGAUUAAUUUUCAGAUUGAAGAUGUGAAUAAGAAAUUUGAUAAUCUGCGGAAGCUUCAAGAUAACAAAUGGCAACCUGUUGCUGUACCAGGCAAAGUUGUCAAGAAAAAGACUGUUCCAAAUGUGGUGUGUAAACCAAAGCUGGGAGCAGCUGCAAGGGCUGCUGCCCAAAACCGGCUUGCUGCUGUAAAAGCAGCUAUGAGGGAUAAAAUGAAGCGUGAUGGAGCUGCUGAUAGUGCAUAUCAGAAUGAGCACCCAGAAGUGGAAAAAGUGGUUUUUGAAGCAGGAUUUUUCAGAAUUGAAAGCCCUGUAAAAAGCUUUCCAGGUUCACUUUCAAAGACGCCUCGCAGAUCAUCCCAGCAGACUUCCGGAAGUCUGACAACCCCAAGGUCAUCUAGAAGAGCUUUGCUGCAGAGCAGUUCUGUUCUUUGUAACCCUGAGGAGGAUACGAGUGCAAAAGAAACGACGCCACUGCUUAAAGGCUGCCACCCAGCACAGCAUUUGGAAAUGAACCCUUUUCCCACUGAAACGACUCUGCCUGGUGGUUUUCAAAGCAUUUCCAUAGUUGCAGAAGGACUCAGUCCUGUUGUUGGCCCAGCAGAAGGGACUGGGGUGCUGGAAAAUUGUAGCAGUGAAUUAAAAGUAGUGAAUGGCGUGGAAGAGAUGGAACUAUCUGCUGCAGAGCAACAAGGGCAAGAUAUCACCAUGAGCAGUCCAGAGAAGGAUGUUUUGUCCAGUGAUUUGGAUUCCAUUGACAAAAAUCCUUUAGAUACACCCAUGAUGGAUGGUGAGCUUCCUUUCACUCCAGUCAAGAACAGCAUCCAGAAGUUUGCAGCAGCUGGAAGAUUCAGUGACCUGAUCGUAUUUUCUCCUAUUUCUUCCUCUGGGCAAAAGUGAAUGACUGGAAAUUUAAGAUGAGUAAAUUAUAUUCAGUAAAAAACAGAGGCUGUCUGGAAUACCCCUGAACUGUGAGACCUGUAGUAUUUUAUAGUGGAACAACUUGGUAACAUUCCUGCCAUGAGCAGUAGUGCAUUCACUGUGUGUGCUGUAUAUAUUGCUGUGCAGUAGUGGUUCUGUUUGCUGGCUUUACCUCCUGCAUCCAAGGUAUAUAUCUGACUCCAUGAAAUAUUCUUAUUUUUGUAUGACUUCAUGUAUUUCUUGUCUCCUUUGAGUUGUAAAACUGUCCAUCUUUAAUCUUUUCUCUCUUGACCUUAAUUACCUCAUGACUUGUUUUUAUAAGUGAUGGGAUAAGGUUUGUGUAACAGAUGUGUUCCAUUAGCUGUGCCCAUCUCCAUGAGGCCCCUCCAGGGGUGCCUGUUAUCUGCCCCAAAGCAGUUCUGUAUUCAGUCCGUGCUGUGGAUGUGCUGUUGCACCCUAAACUCCAGUACUAAUUACUAGUGCAUUAACUGCACCUAAUCAGCAGAUGGGAUGAGGUUUGACUCUUUUCUUUCCUGUGGGGUUUUUCCUAUUGCCUAACAACCACUUGCUUUGUAACAGAAGAAAUUCAAGCAAGCAUUUCAAAGUCUGAUAAUAUCUGUUCCUUACGGUGUAUUAAAUAGGGAUGGAUUUUUGAAGAUGCUCAGUGCUGAGCUGUGUCAUUAAGUGCCUUCAAGCUAAAUCCCAUUUUCUUUCCUUUUUCAUCUGGAAGUUCCUUAACCGCUCUCCUUGAACAUCUGGUUGUUAACCUCAGCCUCCUCUUGCAUAUUGCUCCCUUCAGCAGAAGGUAUUGUCAUUACAUCUGAGGCUUCUUGUUAGAGCUGCAGUCCAGCUUGGAAGCUGUGCACUGAUUACACUGAAAUAAAUAGAGGAAGCUGAUCUGA